AUGGGUGAUCAUUUUGUUGAAAGUUCAGAAGGUGAGGAUGAAAGCAAAAACGAUAAAAUGGCACAACUUGAUGAACUAGUUCAAGAACUGCAGAUUGGCAUGGUCUUUAGCACUAUAGAUGAGAUGCUGAAUUUUUACAGAAAAUUUGGGAAGCAAAAGGGUUUUUCAGUGAAGCGGAGAUCAUUGAAUAAAGAUAAAGAUGGGAUAAUAAAAUAUGUCACAUUUACAUGUGGACGAUCAGGCAAGUUGAAGAGUCAAUCAAACAAUGCCUUGGAGCCUCGUUCAUGUGUGAAGAUUGGUUGCAAUGCAAGGCUGUGUGGUCGAUUAUAUCUUGAUGGAAAAUAUGUAGUUAGUCAUUUUGAAGACGAGCACAAUCAUGGUUUGAGUCCAAGUAAAGCUAGACCAAACAAAAGCCAUAAUGCACAAGUAAUUGGAGCUGGUGGACAUGAGAAUCUUCCCUUUCUUGAAAAAGAUACAAGAAACAUGAUUGCGAAAGUUAGACGAUUAAGGCUUGGUGAAGGAGAUGCGAAUGCAGUGCAAAGCUAUUUUUUGAAGAUGCAAUCACAGAAUGAAGGUUUCUUUUCAAUGAUUGAUUGGGAUGAGCAUGGUCGACUAAAAAAUGUAUUUUGGGCAGAUCCUAGGAGCAGGGCAGCAUGUAAGGAAUUUGGUGAUGUCAUUACGUUUGAUACUACAUACCUUACUAAUAAGUAUGAUAUGCCUUUCGCUCCAUUUGUUGGGGUUAAUCACCAUGGUCAAUCGAUACUACUAGGAUGUGGAUUAAUUUCUAAUGAAGACACAGUGACCUUUACAUGGUUGUUUCAGACAUGGCUUGCUUGUAUGAAUGGCGUUGCCCCUUUUGGAAUCAUCACUGACCAAGAUAGAGCAAUGAAGAACGCAAUUGCAAUUGUUUUUCCAAAUUCUAGGCACCGUUUAUGCUUAUGGCAUAUAAUGAAGAAGAUGCCGGAAAAGCUGGGUGCCUACAAUGAAUAUGAUUCAAUUUCUCUUUCCCUUGCAGAGGCUGUUUAUGACUCACAAAGUCAGCAACAAUUUGAAGAUUUGUGA